AUCCCCUCCUCCAUCUGAAAGCGCUUUUACUGAGCAGCUACUACCUAAACAUCAUAAAGUUCCUAACCACCUUUACGGAAACUUGUAAUACUCUGAGCAGCGCGUCGCGACACUUUUUCUGGAUUCCACAGACUUCUGGAAACUCGUAUGUCGGAGCUUUUCCUUACGGAAAGACGGGGAUUUGGCACUACUCAAGUCCUUUCAGACUGGUUGAAUGAGCACACCUACCCACCUCAAUUUUUGGGUGUGUGUGGCCUCCCCCUGUGACGUCUGAAGAACGUAUUUCCCUUCCUGAGGUCUAUCCAUAAACCAUGGUGCUGGAGAAGCUUCUGCGUUUUGGAAAACAGUUGCUAAGGGUGAAGGCGGUGAACUCUAAUUCCGAGGACUCACGUUUGUCUCGAUGUCUCAACACCUUCGACCUGGUAGCCCUGGGUGUGGGAAGCACGUUGGGCGCUGGCGUGUACGUGCUUGCGGGUGCUGUUGCACGAGACAAUGCAGGUCCUGCUAUCGUCCUGUCUUUCUUGAUAGCUGCCUCAGCCUCAGUGUUGGCAGGUCUUUGCUAUGCUGAGUUUGGAGCCCGUGUCCCCAAGACGGGCUCAGCUUAUCUUUAUUCAUAUGUGACAGUAGGAGAACUCUGGGCCUUCAUCACUGGAUGGAACCUCAUACUCUCGUACAUUAUUGGUACCUCAAGUGUGGCCCGUGCAUGGAGCGCCACCUUUGAUGAGUUGGUAGGGAAACACAUUGAGCAGUUCUGCAGACAGUACAUGUCUAUGAAUGCACCAGGUUUUCUGGCAGAAUAUCCUGACAUGUUUGCUGUUCUCAUCAUAAUUACUCUUACAGGUCUUUUGGCAUUUGGAGUGAAAGAGUCAGCGAUGGUGAACAAGGUGUUUACCUGUAUCAAUGUUUUAGUCUUGUUAUUCAUGGUGGUCUCCGGCCUGGUCAAAGGCACUUUGAGGAACUGGCAACUUGAUCCAGAGGAGAUCCUCUAUGUAAAUCAUACAAAUAACUCAAGCCAAAAUCUGACUGAACAUCUGCCAGCCAAGGAGAGCUUAGGAGUGGGUGGCUUCAUGCCAUUUGGUUUCACAGGUGUCCUCUCAGGAGCUGCUACUUGUUUCUAUGCCUUUGUAGGCUUUGACUGUAUCGCCACCACAGGUGAGGAGGUGAAAAACCCCCAAAGAGCCAUUCCUAUUGGAAUUGUGUCCUCGCUGCUGAUUUGUUUCGUAGCUUACUUUGGUGUUUCUGCUGCCCUCACCCUGAUGAUGCCAUACUAUCUUCUGGACAGCAACAGUCCCCUGCCUGUAGCUUUUAAAUAUGUGGGCUGGGGAGGAGCCAAAUAUGCUGUAGCUGUAGGCUCUCUUUGUGCUCUGUCUACCAGCCUGCUGGGUGCUAUGUUCCCCAUGCCCCGUGUGGUCUGGGCAAUGGCUGACGAUGGGCUGCUUUUCAAGUUCAUGGCUGAGAUCAGCUCCCGCCACAAAACCCCGCUAAUUGCAACCCUCGCCUCUGGCACAGGGGCAGCAAUCAUGGCGUUUCUGUUUGACCUGAAGGACCUGGUGGACCUCAUGUCAAUAGGAACGCUGCUGGCUUAUACGUUAGUAGCCGCCUGUGUGCUGGUGCUAAGAUACCAACCUGAGAUGCACGGCGCAGUGUACGAGAUAGCCAAUAGCCAUGAUGAGGCAGACUUAAGUGAUGGCAUCAGUGUUCCCAGUAUGGGCAUCCUUCCUGGUGUGGAGGAGAGAUUCAGCUUCCAGACUCUGCUGUUCCCAAACCACCCUGAGCCAUCCAAACUGUCAGGCUUCAUUGUCAACAUCUGUACCUCUGUCAUGGGAACGUUGAUCCUGGCCUUCAGUAUACUGGCUGUGCAGGGAGGCCUUGCCUUAUGGAACAUGGUAGCCCUUAGUGUCAUCUUCAUGGUGUGUCUCAUUCUGGUUUUCAUCAUCUGGAGGCAGCCUGAGAGUAAAACAAUACUCUCUUUUAAGGUUCCCCUGGUGCCCUUCAUUCCAGUCAUAAGCAUGUUUGCCAAUGUCUACCUGAUGAUGCAGCUGGACAGAGGAACAUGGAUCAGAUUUUCCAUAUGGAUGGCUUUAGGUUUAGUCAUCUACUUCUGUUAUGGCAUUCGUCACAGCUCUGAAGCUGCCUCAGCCCACUUGUCUCUGGCAACAGAAAUGAACGGUUUCAAGUUUGAUCAUGAAUUAGUUGCCAUGUCAAUAGAGAAAGAAGCAUUUCUUGGUGAUGGAAUUGAUGUCAGGGAAGAAAACCACAGGGAUUUGUAGGAGGCACUAGAACACCCAGCUCCAGUCUGUCAUUGGUGGAGGGUUUUGUCCGUCCACUCUUUUACUCCUCCUUUUUGGGGAAAGCUAUGCUUAAAAAAAAAACUGUAAAAUGUGACAUCCUGGUCUAGUUCCUGAUCAGAACACAGACAACUGGUGAUAAGUCUUCUGCAGAAAAUCUGAUUGAAACAUUUAGUGUAUGGCCUCAUGGUUCAACUGACUCUCUGUAGAAGUUGGAGACUUUCAUUAGAGACAUUGAUGUUUAAUGAAAGCUAAAAGAUUGGGCAUGGCCAUGUUAAAUUUCUCUACAUGUUGAAUUGGAGUGUUUAUCUGUUGCUUUACUUGCAGUAGGACUGUGAAAUUGUCGGUGUUGUGUUGCCAGAACGUUUUCUCAAGAUAUAUUUCUUUGCAUUUACUUUUGUUUAUUAAAACAUGGUGUCUACACCAAUUUAAAGAAUGUACAACCAUCUCAGUACUAGAUAAAAAGUGUUACCAGUGUAUACUUUGUUUAAAGCUAGACUAAGAAACAUCUAUGGAUCUUCAAUGAUGUAAGCAGAUAGUUUAAGACAGCCAGCAGCAUUAUUUACUUGCUUAAAAGGUUUUAUGGGAAUGUAAGCUAUACAAUUAGAUUUUGAGAUGCUAUUUCAGUAGAAAUUGAUAUUUUCAUUUUAGUUAUUUCAAGCUGGCCAGCCAUUGCUCCCAUUUUGCUGAGAAAUAUACGUUGAAGCGAGGCUUUAUUCAACCAAUUUGUUCUGUCCAAAUUUUACCUGAAAAAGGCAAUCAACAUCUGUCUUGGCUGCAUCGUUUGAUCUGACUCAACAACUUUGUCUCCAUAGUUAUACAUCAGUAGUCAUCAUCAUGAAGACAUCUUCUCCCAUUUUAGUUCUCUGCCACAUUUUUAUGUUGUCAAGUUGAAUUAUGAAAUUAUGUCUUUGUAUUUUUAACAGAAAGGUGCUCAGGGGUGGGUCUUUCAUUCUAUGUACGACUGUUUAAGUAACUUUGGUUUCAAUGUGAAGAGUAUGUACUACCUACAAACUGAUUUUAGCCCUUCGGGUUCAAUGAUCUUCUACCUUGGGAAAGGAUUCAGCAUAUUUCUUAACAUGUUUCCAUUAUCCUGCACCUUUAACAUUUAAAGUUUGUCACCAUGAGCCGUUAAUCUGUUAGUAGUGUGCGCUCUGACUCUAGUGCUGUUAAUGUUAAUUCUGUUCACUGUACUUAUUAGGGGGUUGCUGAUCCUCUGCUUACUGCUUGCCAAAUGUUACUGAGCAUGUGAGGGAGAAAGGAAAAAAAACUAAAACAAUUGUAUCUUUUCGGCACUAGUGGCCUUUAUUUCCUAUUAGUAAGUUGACAAGAAAGGGGUGAAGAGAGGGGGAAGACAUGCAUCAAAUGUGCCUGGAACAGGAGUCGAAACAACUCACGGGCUGUGACAAGGACCGAGGCCCCUAUACACGGGUCCUGCAUUUUUACCCCUGGGCCACCACCGCACCCAAAUAAAUGUAUUUUUGAAAAUAAAUCUUUUGCCAUAGCAAUUUCAAAGCUCCUUCACUCUAUAACGUAUUUUAAGUUACCCCUAACUCCGAGCAAAGGUACAACUGUAACGAGUUUUAGAUUAACUUCAUGGACUUCCACAUUCCCUCCAUUUUCAUUUGGAAUUAUAACCCAGUUUUUGUAGUCAUAGCUUCCAAUUAAUUUUAUAGCGUUUAAAUUCUAAAACAAAAUUCCAAAAAUCCCAACCCGGUUGGACAAUUGUUACAUUGACUCAAAUGUAACAAAAUAAGCAAGUGCAUUAUAUCCCAAAAGAAUAUAGCAGUAGCCUGCCUUAUUUUGUUUUUAAACUUAACAUUUCUAACAACGUUAUAGCAUAAAUGGUUUAAGACUUAAAAUGUUGCAAUGUACGAUUUAUUGAAAGUGUCUCCACAGGGGAUCUGAUUUAAAUCUAUUUAUAGGGAUAUUUAACAGAAAAUCUUAACCUUAGAUAAGCCUAAACUGGGAUGACUGAAAAUAAUUGAAAAUUCAAUCAUUCACAAACACUCUUCACCCUCCUUCCACUUAGCUCCACUCCAAAGGUUCAGGGUAAUAGCAAAUAUAUAUCCUCCCCAGCUGUUCCAUUUCCCAGGUUAAAAUGUUUCCCUUGAAAUCUGUUUUUACCCUGGUACAUGAAGUAACAGUCCCCUUAAUCUUGUAGGCAGUAUUCUUGUCGAGAAAUGUAUAGUAGCUUUUUGAAUGGGAAUUGUUAUUGUUUUUAAUAACAAAUUGCUAAAUAAAGAACUUAUAUUUGGGAUAAAUCAAAUUGCUACAUUUCUGUUAACUUAGUGACUGUCAGGUGAAGUCAUGAAAGGUACUAGUGGAUUUUCACAGUGCAGGCUACUGUGUCUUGGCAUUUGUAGCGUUGAAAAAUGAACUCCUUUGUUCAAAAAUUGUAAACAUUUUGGAAUCUGUCUCUUACUAGUAUGCCUAUUUGGAGGAGUUCCUUUAAUCAGUGUAUAUGCCAUUAUCUCAUAUGAAUAUUCAUGUGUUAUUACCCACUACUAAAUCUUGGUAAUUUGCAAUUUGUUUGUUCAAACUAUUGAUCUAUAGCAUUUAUUUCUAAAUGUUUUCAAUAAAAUAAAUGUACUUUGUGAA